UGUAAACAUCCGGGAGUGAUGAGGCUGUGUAGGCGUGUAUGGAAACGGAGAAAUUAUCGAUGGAUGGAGAUGGCGGUGGACAAUCUAUUGCGCCAUUGACGAAUUAUUUGCACCGUCUUUCUUGCGCAGAUGCUAUUGGGAUAGUAAUUACAGGAUGAUAUCGGAAAGAAUGGCAUCAGAAAGAAUGGCAUCUGAAUCUGAAGAGCGUCAGCGACUUUUAAGAGCAGUGAAAAAAGAGGUGAAACAAAUCAUGGAAGAGGCUGUCACACGCAAGUUUGUCCAUGAAGAGAGCAGCAGCAUUACAUCCCUUUGUGCUGCUGUCGAGGCCUGCUUGUUGCACUGCUUGAAAAAAAGAGCGCUGGGCCUCUUCAAAUAUGGCUCCACAAUGGCCCUCCUGCAGAAAGUCUCCAAAACCUUCGAGCCAGCAGCAGAAGUCUCCAGACUGGCCUCUGACCUUGAAACUCCGAGUUCUACAGAACUGUCUGGCUCCAGAAAAUCUCUGGACAACAAUAAAAAUCAAACCAAAAAAACUGCCACUUCUGUGACAACUCCAAAAUAUUUGUGGCUUCGUUUGGCAAUUUUUGAAAAAAAGUUGGCUAAAAUCUUGGACUACUUGGUUCAAAAUAGCAGUAAAUAUUAUGAGCAAGAUGCUUUGCUGGCAGAUCCUGUGGAUGGCCCUAUCUUGGCAUCACUGCUAGUUGGACCCUGUGCUCUGGACUACACAAAGAUGAAGACAUCUGACCACUUCUGGACUGACCCCCCUGCAGAUGAACUGGUCCAAAGGCACAGGAUUCAUUCCAGCGGCAGCCAUGUGUUCACAUCACCAGGUUCACCCAAACGACAGGGGUUGCAGGUUCGUCGUGACGCCAGUAAUGCAACAGAGGAGCCGAGAGACCCCAAAACAUUUCAUAUGUCAGCCAGGGAGUACGUGGAGUCCUUGCACCAAAACUCCAAGCUGACCCUGCUCUACGGCAAAAACAACGUCUUGGUCCAGCCGAAGGAAGACAAAGAGGCCCUAGCUGGUUACCUGUCGCUCCACCAAAGCUCAGAUGGCCUGAUCAUCAUGUGGACACCCAACCAGUUAAUGAAUGGAUGUUGUGAAGAUUCUGCUGAUGAAACUGACCGAAGCCAGUAUUGGGAGUUUGCUAUGACCAUCUAUAUGGAGGACAUUGUUUACAUUCACUGCCACCAACAGCCUGACUGCCGAGGUACAGUGGUGUUGGUCGGCCAGGAUGGCGUACAGCGUCCCCCCAUACACUUCCCUAAAGGUGGACACCUGCUGUCCUUCCUCUCCUGCCUGGAGACCGGCCUGCAGCCCACUGGUCAGCUGGACCCGCCCCUUUGGUCACAAAAGGGCAAAGGUAAAAGCACGGGUAAAGUUUUCCCCAAACUUCGGCGGAAAGGUAGUCGCCUGUCCAGCAGUAGCAGCACCAGCAGUGGUAGCACCACCAGCAUGGAUGAGGAGGAGGCGGCCGACUACGUCUUCAGGAUUGUGGCGUCUUUCAAACCGGACAUGCUCACCCCUGAAAUGCUUGACCCCAAAGCUCCAUGGUCCCCCAGGGCAUCACCAGAGAAGUCGCCAUGGCCAGUUAGGCGCCAGCUGCCUCCCAGCCCGUUAGUCCGCUCGUCGAUGCAGUCGUCAAUGCAGUCGUAUGCCCGUACACAAGAGGAGCAGAACAACUGCUGCCUCGUACAAGCUUCCAAUGAUGCCAACCAUAGGUACAGUGGCUAUGUAAACCACAUCAAACAGCUGUGUGACAUCAUGACCAAACAGAUUAUCUCGCGGGCAUUCUAUGGAUGGCUGGCACACUGCAGACACCUGAAGACAGUGAGGACACACCUGUCAGGUUUGGUCUAUCACAGUGUCGUGUCUGAAGACAGCCCGGUGGACGCCAAGAAAGGUCUGACCUCGGAGAUGUGGGGUCAGCUGUGUCAGGAUGGCAUUGUGACUAACUCAGCAGAAGUCUACAGGCUGGUGUAUUUUGGAGGUGUGGCCCACGAGCUCAGGAAACAGGUUUGGCCAUACCUACUAGGCCACUACAAAUUUGGCAGCUCCCCAGAUGAGAGAGAAGGCCUGGAGCAAGCUGUCAGGACAGAGUACGAAAAGGUCAUGUCAGAAUGGCUGGCCAUCGAGGCCAUCAUCCGCCAGCGGGACAAGGAGGUCAUUGCGGCCAACCUGGCCAAGCUGUCCCAGGAGAGCACGGACGGCCACAUCCCUCUGGUGCGCAAGGACUCCAGCCUGAGCAACGAGGUUUUUGUAUCUUUUGAGUCUGAAGAGUUAUCCAGGCCAGAAACAGUAGUUGAGGAGAGCUCCACCGCUCGGACCACGCCCUCCUCGGACAGGAAGACCAGCAUGGAGCUGUCCAUCACGUCUAGCACCAUGGACAGGGCUGUGGGGACAGAGACGCCACCUAUGGCCAUCAAGAAAGGCAACUCCCUGCAGUACAGCCCUGAUGAUGGGAUGGGGGACUCUAUAGCCAGGGGGAGCUCAACUACCACAGAGACAGACAACAGAUCCAAGACGGACUCCGUCGGUGACUCAGGUUUCCUCACGCCACUGACUCCGCGCUCCCUGCCCGCAGACGUUACUGACCGCAUCACCAUGACGACCAAACUCUCUGUGGACAGCGCCGUGGUGGACGAGGAGAAUGCUAACCCCUCUAUUGCAGAGGUCAGCUCCAGGACAAGUUCCACCGUGGAUGACUCUGACAGCAGGACUGAAGCUGGCAACAGAUUGGGCCAGGAAACAAAAAGUGGGCAGGACUAUGAGCCUGGGCUAGAGGUCAGCCGUCACCUGUCAGCCAGUCGUGAGAGCCUGCUGUCACCUGCUUCACCUGCAUCAAACGGUGGAAUUUACUCUGCUGAAUUGUUGGACAGUGUGGCAUUGAACCUGCAUCGUAUUGAUAAGGACGUACAGCGAUGUGACAGGAACUAUCAUUACUUCAACCCUGAGAAUCUGGACAAACUGCGCAACAUAAUGUGCACGUAUGUAUGGCAACACCUGGAUGUUGGCUAUGUUCAAGGCAUGUGUGAUCUGGCGGCGCCGCUACUGGUCAUAUUUGAUGAUGAAUCCUUGGCAUUUAGUUGCUUCUGUCAACUGAUGAAGAGAAUGUCAUGUAACUUUCCUCAUGGAGGCGCCAUGGACACGCACUUUGCCAACAUGAGGUCCUUAAUACAGAUACUAGAUUGUGAAUUGUUUGAGCACAUGCAUCAACAUGGAGACUACACACAUUUCUACUUUUGUUACAGAUGGUUUUUAUUAGACUUUAAGAGAGAGUUGAUCUAUGAGGAUGUGUUCAGUGUAUGGGAGACUAUCUGGGCGGCCAAGCACAUGACCUCCAGCCAUUUUGUUUUGUUUAUAGCCCUGGCUCUGGUGCAGGUAUAUAGGGACAUUAUACUGGACAACAACAUGGACUUUACUGACAUCAUCAAGUUUUUUAAUGAAAUGGCAGAACACCAUAACACCAAACAGGUUCUAAAGAUUGCCAGGGAACUGGUCUCACGUCUGCAGACAUUGAUUGAUAAUAAGUAAAUCAAAGGGGAAUAAACUGUUAUUCCAGGGAAGCAAUUAUGCACAAUAAAGGUUGUCAAGAGUUAAGUUUUCUUUAGUCUUCAGUUAGUGUGUGAAAUUGUUCAUGGUUUUAGAAACAUGCAUCAUACAUUAUUUAUUCCCACCAAAAAAGGAGAGUGAUUGAAUAAUGGGCUGUAUCUGUACGUGAAUUUUGGUUCAGGUUUGGUUAAUUUUAUUCAAGUAAUUUCUCAUUCAAGUUUUUAGUUAUGGUUAUGAAUUAAAUUCCAGGUUGUAAAAAUUGUUCAUUUUAAAAUUUGUUUUUAUAAUUAUAUCGUAUUAUAAAAGAACAAAUUAAAUAUUUGUCUUGGUGAUGUAAUUCAACAUUAAUGUAGUUUUUAUUAUGAGACACAAUUUUUGUAAUAUAUUCAUAUACUAUUCCAAAACAGUUCAAGUUAUUGAAAUUGUUUCUUAUCUUUUAUGUCAGCUAGUCAUUGUUUUUAAGCUUUUGAAUCAGGUUUUUGUCAAGAUUCAACACUGCCAAUCAAAAGAUCUUUCAUUUAUUUUAUUUUUUUGUACAUUUUUAUAUUUUUACUUUUGAUAUGAACAUUCCUAAAUGAGAGAAGAUUCCUUUUUUACCGAAAUCUUAAACUGGCAUUUAUAAAAAAAAAAACUAUAAUCAUGUCUACUUAUUUAUUAAAGUUUAAUUGUAGAUAAAUAUAUGCUAAUUUUGAUGUUUUCUAAAAAUCAAAAUUUAAGUCUUUAAUAGGAGGCAGACAUAAGUUUUCUCCCCUUGAAAACUUGUGCAUGUUUUUUUGUAUGGAGGAAGAAAAAUACAAGAGUUUCUAAUUUUAGCUGGAUAAGCUGUUGUUAGACAAAUAUUGUGACCAUUAACAAAUAUAUUCAAUUUUGCUCUUUCAAUUGGUUAGGUUAAAACACCAUAUGGACAGCAUCUGCUAUGUAUUUUGGCCACUGUUUCAGUGAUACUCCAAAUUUAUAGUGUAUAUUUAAGCCUAGUUCUCUAUGUUGAUCCUGGUAAUAUUUUUAUGUUAAAUUUAAGAGAUUUCUUUAAAUUUCACUUUAUUAAAACUGUUGUAAAGUAUUUAAAGAGUAAAAUAAUCAAUACAGAAUUUUAACUGGCCCUAGAUAAUUUUCUUAUAUUAAACUAAAACUUUUUUUAAAGAAACAUCAAAUCUCAAAGAAAUAUUUUUUAUCUUUGAAAAUUAUAAAAUUCAUUGGUUUUAUAGUUCCCUUGCAGAAUUAUCCCAAAAUGUAUUAUCUCCUUAGGGCUAUUUCCCUUGAUAUACCUCAAUAAUUUUUUAUAUUUCAGAUUUAUACAUGGUUAGAUACUACUUAAGUUUUUUUAUUUAAAGAAAAUCUCUUGUAAUUAUGUGAUCACUUUUUCACUUUUUUGGUGAUUUAAAAAAAAAACGAUACUUGCUAGCACUGAAAGUAUGUAUAGCUGUUAAAUACUUUUGGAUUAGCUCAGCAGCUAACAGCUGUUAAAAACAACUUUAAAAAUUCAUAAAACUUUCACUUUCAUAACUCAUUCUUGAGGGGAAAAACCAUCAGAUCAAACUAAUUUAUUUAUAAAAUGUACUAGUGAAUCAAAUAUCAAAAUGUUCAAUUCCCACCAAAUUGUGUCUGCCUCCAGUGUCCUGUAGGACAUUGUUCUUCAGGACAAAGUCCUCUUGGAAAUGUUGACCAGAGCUGUGAUGUACAUGAUAAUGGCAAAUCUAUUUUUAGAAUCAAACUUUGUUUUGUGACUCCGUGAUCUCUUUUUGUUGACUUUUGUUUAACGUGAUGACAAUUUAUUUUUGUUAUUAUGGGAUGUUGAAACAGGAAGUUCUCUUUGAUUGGUGGAGAGAAUUAGAAUGUGAU